GUCUAAUACAGAGAAAAUACAGAGAGCGAGACAGCGUUGGAAAAUAAACCAAAGAAAGCCAAGAGAGUGAAGGAAAAAAUGGGAGAUACGGUUGUAGAGGAGCUACCGAGGUCUGCCACCACGGAGGAUCAGGGUUCCACCCACAACCCUAACCCUAGGCCUCAUGGCGACGAUGAAGAGGACCUCGAGGAGGGAGAGAUCGUUGUCGAUGACGCCUCGGUGUCACUGAAGCAGUCGGCGGCGAUAACCCAUCAACCUCACCCGCUGGAGCAUUCGUGGACUUUCUGGUUUGACAACCCCAGCGCUAAAUCGAAGCAAGCCGCAUGGGGCAGUUCGAUGCGCCCGAUCUACACUUUCUCUAACGUUGAAGAGUUCUGGAGCAUUUACAACAAUAUACAUCAUCCGAGCAAGUUAGCUGUCGGAGCAGACUUCCAUUGUUUCAAACACAAAAUUGAGCCAAAAUGGGAGGACCCUGUUUGUGCUAAUGGGGGGAAGUGGACUGUAACCUUUGCUAAAGGGAAAUCUGAUACCUGUUGGCUUUAUACGUUGCUAGCCAUGAUCGGAGAACAGUUUGAUCAUGGAGAUGAAAUCUGUGGAGCAGUGAUCAAUGUCAGAACUAGACAGGAGAAAAUAGCUCUAUGGACCAAGAAUGCUUCAAAUGAAGCUGCUCAGCUGAGCAUUGGAAAACAAUGGAAGGAAUUUCUGGAUUACAGCGAAAGCAUAGGCUUCAUAUUUCAUGAGGAUGCAAAGAAGCUUGACAGAGCUGCCAAGAAUCGAUACACCAUAUGAGGCUGUACAGAAUUAUGUCUGGACACCAAAUGAUUCAAGACGUCAGCCAACAUGUUAAGAACUUACAAUACUUAGUUAAGAAUUCAGAACUGAGUUUUGGCUGUCUUCUUGUCCUGUUUGCUUCUGUUUAGGGCUUGUUAUAGAAAGCAGUCUUUACCAUCUUAAUUUUUCUCUUCAAAUUCUCAUUUCGUUCUCCUCCUCCCCCCAUUUAAAUUUUAUAUGUACCAAUAUAUACUUGGUAGAAGUUGUCACGUUUCAAUCA